UAAUGUCGUAGUAUCUCCUAUUAUCCAACCCAUACAAAAACAAUUAAAAGCGUAAAGAAGUAAUUACUUCUCGUUUAAUUAAAGUGACCAACAUUUACAUUUAGCCAUAUUAUUUCAGAUUUGACUUAUUAUAUUAUGAGAUUAACUUUUUAAUCAAAACUAUUCAAAAGCUUUUUGUCUAAUAACAUUUGUUUUAGAAUUAUUGAAAUAUUUAUAUAAAUAUAUGCCAAAUGUGAGGCAAAAAUGGAAGAAGAACAGUGUAUACUUGACUACUCUACUUAUUUUCAUAACCACAACAUUCAAUUGUUACUUAAAGACUGCAUUGUACAAUUAUGUGUAAAUAAACCAGAAAACCCAGUUUCAUUUUUACGACAAUACUUUCAAAAAUUAGAAAGGGAACAGGUCAAAGCAGCCGCAGCCGCGGCUGCAGCAUCUGAGGGGGAAGCCGAUGGGGAACUAUCACCAUUACCAGUGCCUGGUGGUCAACCGUCCCGUCGCCGUGGAGGUAUUAGUGCUGAACCUGUUACUGAAGAAGAUGCUACUAGUUAUGUUAAAAAGGUAGUACCAAAGGACUACAAAACAAUGGGUGCUCUAUCUCGGGCAAUAGCAUCAAAUGUAUUGUUUACACAUUUAGAUGAAUCAGAGCGUGCAGAUAUGUUUGAUGCCAUGUUCCCUGUGCAGUGCCUCCCGGGUGAGACCGUCAUCCGACAGGGUGAUGAGGGAGAUAAUUUUUACAUUGUAGACUCUGGUGAAGUAGAGGUACUAGUAAAUGGCGAACCUGUAACAACAAUAGGCGAGGGUGGUAGUUUUGGUGAAUUAGCGUUAAUAUAUGGUACUCCUCGCGCAGCCACGGUGCGUGCACGUACUCCCCUCAAGUUAUGGGGCCUAGAUCGUGACUCUUACCGGCGCAUACUAAUGGGUUCAACAAUAAGAAAGCGCCGCAUGUAUGACGAAUUCCUGUCACGUGUUUCUAUAUUAGAGAGCUUAGAAAAAUGGGAAAGGUUGACCGUUGCUGAUGCUUUGGAACCAGUAUCUUUCAGUGAUGGGGAAACUAUUGUGCGCCAAGGGGAACCUGGCAAUGACUUUUAUAUUAUAGUGGAAGGUUGCGCGGUGGUACUGCAACAACGUAGCGGGCAGAGGGAAGAUUCGGCAGUGGAAGUGGGUCGACUGGGUCCAUCUGACUACUUCGGUGAAAUUGCACUGUUACUGGACCGACCACGUGCCGCUACUGUACGAGCUGCCGGUCACCUUAAAUGCGUUAAGCUCGACCGAGCCAGGUUUGAAAGAGUGCUGGGUCUUUGUGCUGACAUCUUGAAACGUAAUAUUGCGCAGUAUAAUAGUUUUGUAUCAUUAUCCGUCUAACAUCUGCCUUUUCAAACAAGUGUUUUAAACUGAACUUAAUUUUUAUAUAAAAAGGUGAGUGGGUGCUCUCAUUAUAAUGUCUGAAGUGUUAUUAUUGUUAAUAAUUAAAUGUAAAACCUAUGUACGUUAAUUAAACAUAUUAAUAUUUUAUGUAGGUACUAUUUAUUUAAAAUUAGCUCAUAUUAUAAUUGAAGAAUAUAACAAAGUAUUGGUCCCAAUGUUUGUGCAGUUUGUGUAGUGUUUUGUCUCUUGUCAAUUAUAGUACAGUCAUGAGCAAUAACAUGUAAACAGUUUAGUAUUGUAAUCGAAACACAUUCUCAAAAUAAACUGUUAUUGUGAUGGGAUACAAGUGUUUCAAUUUUAUU